GGCAAAAAGUGAAGCAAGAUCAUUAAGCUCAAGUCUGACAGCACAUCGCUACUUCCUGUUUUAGUCCAGCGAUCAGCUCUUUCCUCUUAUCAUAUGAAGAGGUCUAUGUCAGUUAUGUUUCUUCUCUUCUCCAUUCAUUAUUGUCUGUAUUGAUUCUAGCAUCUUAUUCUUGGUCGUAAUUCUCAUUCUCAUUCCAUACAUCAAACAGUAACUCGACAGCAAUUUCUUGGAAUUAGCUAUGGAUCCACCUGGAGCAUUAGCUUAUCUGCACUUCGAUCCAUUGUCGAACUGGAAUUGUCGAUUCUGCCGCAUCUCAGUAGACAGUGCUGUCAGUCUCCAAGCUCAUCGGCAAACCGACGCACAUCUUGCCAAGACACAAUAUCGGAGUCACUAUUGUCUCAGCUGUGAGCCAGCGAAGUGGCUCCAUAAUCGAAGGCUAUGGUCGACGCAUCGUGGUGAUCAACAUAACAUACUUUCGCCCAAUACUGGCCCUGGACCACUGUCUGAGCAAGAUGAGUUCAGAGCUACGAAUGAACCCUUUCUCUGCCCAUAUUGUCCAGUGGAGCGACACAGAUUCAGGCUCUUUAGUGGCCUCAGACAACAUAUGCUUGCGUUACACCCCGAUAGAGACAUUGACCUCAUCUUGAGUCACUAUAUAGACGGAACAAGCACCUGCCGGAUUUGUCCAAACGGAUAUAUGAUGACAAAGGCUCAAUGCACCAGACAUCUUGAAGUGCAUCAGGUAGAAUUCGAGCGAAAUCGGCUAUCCAUUCAAUCGCUCCAACAGCACGGAACAUCUCAAGACGUUCAAGCAGAUUCACAAUCCGCUCAACAGGAGCAAAGCAUCGGCCAUCUUGACGAGACCUCGCAAAAUGAAAACACACAACAAGGGUCUCAAGAUGUCCUCAAGAACGACACCACUUCCAGCAUAAUCUAUAUGAGCGAGCCACUUCUGCAAGGUUCCCGGCAGAUCUCCGAAAGCUGUUCUCCUUCCAAUCCCUCUGAACCCAAGACCCCUAUGCCAGCUUCCUCCCAAUUCUACAGCAAUGGCUCCUUGAUCUCGACACCACAAGUGGCUGGGCCAAUCAUGAAACCUUUCCAACAAGAAAAUUUUGACGGCCACUUUCCCUCUGGUACAGCUGAACAUCACAUGCCGGCUCUAGAAGACCACAACGCCAUGUCCAACUUGGGCUCCAUAAGCCAGCCAUCAACUAUAGGGAACUACAAUGCCGCUUCCGACUUUGGGUUUUCGGGCCAUUUCCCAGCUCCGGAAGACCACAAUGCCAUGUCCAACUUGGGCUCCAUAAGCCAGCCAUCAACCAUGGGGAACUACAAUGCCGUUGCCGAUUUUGGGGUUUGGGGUCAUUCCCCAGCUCUUCAGGAAGACAACGCCGUUUCUGGCUUUGGCUCGUUAGGCUACCGACACGCUCAAGAAAAUUACAACAACAUUUCCGACUCUAGCUCUUCAAGCCAAUUGCUAGUUCCUAGGGACUACAACACCGUCUCUACCUUUGGCUCUUUAGAGCAGCGACAACCCAUACAAACACCUCAUCAAAAUACUGAUCAGUGGGGAUUUAGUCCUGCAGACUACAGUGCCAUUCUCAGAUGUAGCUCCUUAGACCAAAGUGAAACCAUACAACAACCAAGCCAAAACCAGAAUGCUAUCGAAAGUUUCCACUUUGGCUCCUCAAACCAGCGAGAACCCAUAGCAGAAACCCGUCAAGACCAGAAUGCGACCGCCGCUUUCGAUUUUGGCUCUUCAGGUCAGCGAGCACCCAUGCAGAAUCUCGUCCAAAACCAGAAUACCACCAACAUUAAUGUAGAGGGAUUCAGCACUACUGUUUUCGACUCUAGCUCGUCAAGCCACCAAGAACCUAUACAGCAACCCCGCCAAGACCAGAAUACCACCAAUAUUAAUGUCGAAGGAAACACUUCUGAGGACUGGAACGAAUUUCUCGACUUCAGCUCACUCGACCAACGAGAACCUAUACCACAACCGCACCAAAUUCAAAAUGCAAACGAGUUCGACCUUGCCUCUUUAAACCAGCGACAACCCAUACAAAGCCCCCAGCAAAGCUUGAAUACCACCAAUGUUGAUAUGGAGGGAUUUACCACUGAUGACAUGAAUAUGAUUAGAGAGAUUUUCGACUGGUGAAGGGCUACAUCCCAUCCUUCAGGCCAUGGAACAUCAGGAGACAGUUCCAAAUACAGUCUGGAGAUUGGACUUGUGUUGCGGCUUAUGUUCAGCUCUUGGCUGUCCAGCCCGUAUUCUGCCAAUAACUGGGCCAAUAACUGGGACAGUAAUGCAUAGUGACGAGAUUAGAAGUAGACAAGCGCG